UUCGGCACGGUACUUUGUUCUCCGGAUAGCAAUAUCCUUCGCACGAGCCUUUGUCGCGAUCAAUCGUCGUGUGGAACUCCAAGUGAACGUGUUCUCCAGAAACAUAGUUAAGUUUUUUUGUGAAAAUUAAGGACUUUACUAUGGCCACGGAAGACGACUCGAGGAAUCAGAGCGUAACAAAUUUCUACAAGGAUUCGGUGGUGCUAAUAACUGGCGGAACAGGAUUUGUUGGAAAAGUGCUGAUAGAAAAGUUAUUGAGGUGCUUCGAAGUGAGCAGAAUUUAUCUGUUAGUGCGUGAGAAGAAAAAUGCGAAAGCCAAGGAACGUCUCCGAGGAAUAUUUGAUGAACCAAUUUUUGAAGUGAUUAAAAAAAGUAACGCUACGGCUCUUUCGAAUGUGAUUCCGAUCGAUACCGACUUUGAACAGGACCAGAUCAUCAGUGAACAUGACCGCGAAUUAUUGCUUACUGAGGUAACGGUUGUAUUCAACGUGAUGGCUUCCGUGAAGUUCAACGAGAACAUCGAAACGGCUUUGGAUACCAAUGUUACCUGUUCAAAAAAACUCUUUGAUAUGGUCGGAGAAAUGACUCAUAUCAAAUCAAUCGUGCACGUGUCCACCUUCUACUCGAAUUGUGAUCGAGCCUGCAUCGAGGAACAGAUCUUCGAUGACAUUCCGUUCGGUGGCCACGAGAAUAUCCUCGGGAUAUUCACUCACCUUCGGAAACAUCAGAAGAAACAGCUGACGCCAUUCAUCCUCGACAAAAUGCCCAAUAGCUACACUUUCAGCAAGAAAUGCGCCGAAGUGAUGAUCCAACAGCGAUACUCUCAUCUGCCGAUAGCGAUCUUCAGACCACCGAUCGUGAUAUCGGCCUACCGGGAGCCUGUUCCCGGCUGGGUCGAUAACUUCAAUGGAAUCGCCGGAAUGUGUAUUCCGCUGACGCAGGGCAAUGCUUACUUCGCUCGUGGGGAACCCGAUUUCCCUAGCCAUUCGGUUCCGGUGGAUUACUGCGUGGCGGCGCUAAUAGCUGUUGGCGCCGAUCCAAAGGCUGUACCUGGUGAAAAUGUACCGGUGUAUAAUUUUGCUACCGAGAGCAACAGUGUCCGGUGGGGUGAAUAUGCCCGGCUGAUAGCUACGGGAUGUCAGUCACGACUGGGGAAAAUUUUCGGACGUUACGCCAUAGGCGUAACAAAUUCACGAAUCUUCCGAUUUCUAUUCGUCCGGUGGUUCCUACUUCAAGCGUUCGUGGCAGAUCUACUGUUGCUAUUAGCGGGUAAUAAGCGUAGAAACCUCACAAUGGCGAAACGGGUGCUGGCCCUGGAGGAAGCUGCAUGCUAUUUUGCGCUCCACAAGUGGACCUUCAGGAAUGACAAUAUGUGGCGCAUAUUGAACGGAUUGAGCGACAAGGAACGAAAACUGCUGGACUUCGAUAUCGAUCAGCUGAACUGGAAGGACUACUUUAGAAAUUUCCUGCCGGGGAUCAGAGCGGCACUGGAUCGUUCCAUACAGCGGCGUAAAUCGUUCGGGGCUUCUGGUUAGAAACUUCGU